AUGUAUCAAUAAAAAAUGCUAUUAAAAGAAAAAAUAGGAGAUGGCUAUUCAAGCAAUCUGCAUCUAUGUGAUUAUCAAGGCAAGUAAAGUGUAAUAAAAAUUUACAAGGAAGAUUAUCCAAUUAAACUCAGAAAUAAGGAAAUCAAAAUAUUGAAAAGUUUAGAUCAUCCUCAUAUCUUAAAAAUGAUUGAUCAUCAUCCUGAGAACGACUACAUUAUUUUUGAAUAACUGACGACUGAUUUUUUUACAAUAGUUAAAAAUUAGAAUAGAUUGGAUGUUAGAGCAGUGAAGUAGAUCCUUAUAGAAUUAGGGGAGGCUAUCCAAUACCUUCACAAAUUUAACUAUGUACAUCGAGAUAUUAAAUUACAAAAUCUCAUGCUGAACAACCACUUACAAAUGAUACUAAUAGAUUUUGGCUUUGCUGAUCUUGUAGAUGACUAAGAAUAGAACAUCAGAAGUUGUGGAACAUAAAAUUAUAUGUCACCAGAAUUACUAAUUUCCUAAAAAUACAUACGAUCAAAUCUGUUGAAAAGAUCUGACAUUUUUGCCUUGGCUGUCCUAAUAUUUAUUCUCUAUUUUGGAUUUCCUCCAUUCUCUGAAGCUACUGUAAAAUGUCCUUAUUGGAGGUUGAUCUCUAAAAAUAAUUGGGUGAAAUUUUGGAAAAUAGUAAAUAGAAAUUCUAAAUUAAAUGACAUCAUAUUUUAAGAAUUAUUUGAAAAUAUGAUAUCACCCAAUCUUGAGGAUAGAUAUACUAUUGAAUAAGUACUGAAUCAUCCCUGGAUUGAUGGAAACCACGAUUUAGGCUAUUUAAUAAAUAUUAUUUGA